GGCUCGUUCAGCGGUGGGCGGGGAAAACAGACUACAAAUACAGCGCGAGGCUCUCUGUAAGAAGAUUAUCACAGACGAGGAGAUAAACAGGCGGCAAAGAGAGAAACACACCCAGGACGGACUAUACGUUGCUGUUCUCUUGUUUUAAAAAAGAAAUUAGAUAUAACCAUGAAUAAGGACACGGAGAUCGACAUGAAGGAAGUGGAGCUCAAUGAGGUGGACCCUGAGAAGCAGCCCAUGACAGGUGACGGCCCGGCUGCAGGCGGAGAGAAAAAUGGCAGCGUCAAGCUGAAGGUCCCUGAGGACGAGAUUACAUUCACCGGGUUGUCCAAAGAGGAGCUUAUGAAGGUUGCUGGCACUCCGGGAUGGGUGAGAACCCGUUGGGUGCUUCUCGUCCUGUUUUGGCUGGGUUGGGUCGGCAUGCUGGCCGGAGCCAUAGUGAUCAUAGUCAGGGCUCCUCGCUGCAAACCAAUUCCUGAGAUGAACUGGUGGAACGAAGGCCCUCUGUACCAGAUCUCUGACCUUCUAGCUUUCUCCGAUGGCCUGAAAGGCGUUGAAGCAAAGCUGGAUGAAAUAAAUCAGCUGAAGGUGAAAGGCCUGGUUCUGGGACCUCUUCACACCGUCCAGACCGACAACCCAAAUGCCCUGUUGCUUGACCAGAUUGACCCGACACAGGGAAAGAAGGAGGACCUGACUGCUGUGCUGGAGAAGGCCCACAAGAAAGGCAUGUCUGUGGUGCUUGACAUGACUCCAAACUACCAUGGAAAUGCUCCAUGGUUCAGUGGUGAUGUUGGUGAUGUGUUGGAGAAAGUCAAGGCUGCAGCGGCUCACUGGCUGGAUUUGGGUGUGGAUGGUGUCAAGCUGUCCGGCCUCAGCGUUGCCUCCAGCUCUGCUGAUUGGCCGAAACUGCAGGCUGCCAUCCAGGGCAACCGUACAGAAGACACGAAGAAGAGGGUGCUGAUGGGUGCGGUUGAAAAUAGAUCGGCUGCUGAUGUGUCCCAGCUCGUCAACACCACGGGUGUAGAUCUGGUCCUGUCUGACCUGCUGAGCAGCAAGAAUGGAGGUGUGGAGCGCAUCAAGGCCAUGGACACCCUAAACUCUCAGCACAGAAAUCUGGCCUGGGGUCUCGGUGCCACCCAACAGGACCAGCUGUCUAAACAGGCGCUGACUCAGGGCCUGAUCCGUCUCUACCAGCUCCUGCUGUUCACCAUGCCUGGAACCCCGGUGUUUACCUACGGAGACGAGAUCGGCCUUCAGGCAGGACAGGGUUCAGAGUCUCCUAAGAUGGUUUGGGACAUACAGAAGGAACCUGCUGAUGGAGCUCCUGUCAAUGAGACUGCUGAGGCUGAGCGGAAGGAGCGUGUUGACAUCAGGAAGUGGUUUAUAUCCCUCAGCGACCUGCGAGGCAAAGAGCGCUCUCUCCUCCACGGUGACUACUAUUCGCUCUACUCCUCCGCCUCCUCCCUGUCUUUCCUCCGUGUGUGGGAUCAGAGCAGCAGAUACAUAACAGCCGUCAACUGGGGAGGAGCAGCUGAGAAGCUCAAGAUCAAACUGGCACCUACAGAAGGACUAGAGCUGCCAGAGACGGCCAAGGUGGAGCUGUCAACUGACGAGGCUCUGAAAGCAGAGGACACCGUCAGCUUGGACGAAAUCACUCUAUCACCUGGAGGAGCAGUCCUGCUGCAGUUCCCCUAUAAAGCUUAAAGAUGGCGCCAGACUGUAGGAAAGCUUCCUGCAGACUAGACUUGGUUUAAGAACAGACACUGAAGUCAGUCCUCAUCAUUAGGAAUGAAAUAUGAUCGAUACAGGUCAUUUCCUUUAAUACAAGAAAUAUGAAAUAUCAGUUUAUUUAGUCAGAACACUAAUGAAUCGGCCAGUACAAACUGAGUCGGCUUGUUUUGGUGUCUUUAACGUUAACAUGUCUCUUGACUUUUAUUGUGUGUUUGGAAAAGAUGCAGCGACCUCAGUCAUGCACUCCAUCAGUUGGUCAUUUUGUUCUUCAUCUGUUAUUGUUGAUUAAUCUGUACAUUGUUCAACAAUGUGAAAGACAUUCCAUUCUUCUUUGGGCAUUCCUUAAGCAUUUCUUGUAUUUUCUAAUUUUAUAAAUUUUAAGAUUCGGUGGUUUUAAAAACAGUUUUAUUUUCUGACAUGGGCCUUUUCUUUUGAAUUUUCUCACUGCAGGAAACGAAAGGUUAGCACUGGUAAUGCAUGAUGACUUUGAGGUGUUUUUUUUAAGAGUGCUCAUGAACAAAAUUGUUGCAACUGGCAUCAAGUCUGUCAAAUGAACUGAAUUGGAAAUGAAUAAACAAAGUUCUGUACUGAC